AAAAAAAAACAAAGAAAUGGAAAGUGACGGCAAACACCAGCUUGGGCUAAACAUCGGGCCAUUUUGGUAAAAAUCUCUUGCUGGAUAGCCUCCAUCUCGGCAGUGGAACAGUCCUCUCUCGUCGUCUUCGAAACGCAAACCCUAAAAACCCUUCCAAAAACCCUAGAAAGAUGUCAGUCUCAUCAGCUAAAUCCAACCGUCCAUGGGGAAAUCUCCAACCCUCCUCUUCCUUUUCCUCCUCGCCAUCUCUCUCCUCCUCAUUUCCCUCGUUUCCAAAACUACCCCUCCUCGCCCCCCAAAAAUUUCCCAUUCCACCAACCUCCACAACCCCUUCCCUCCCCCACCCAAGAUCGCCUACUUCAUCUCCACGUCCGACGGCGACGGACCCAGGACUGUCCGUCUCCUCUCGGCCGUCUAUCACCCCAGUUACCAUUACCUACUCCACCUUGAUCGCCGCGCGCCCCAGGCGAAGCGCGAUGAUCUCGCGGGUGUGGUCGGGGCCGUCGAUGCUUUUACAGCUGCGGGGAAUGUGAAUGUCUUCGGGAAGGCGGAUCCGUUGAAUAUCGAGGGCCCCACGGCGGUAGCGGCGGUGCUUCGUGGGGCCGCGGCUUUGAUGAGGCGUUGGAAGGAUUGGGACUGGUUUGAUUACACAAGAUGGAUAUCACCAGGUGGAUGGUGUGUUGGAAGAAGCAAUAGAGGAAAUGACCUGUGCCAGCUCUGGUGUGAUGCUGAUGUACUCAGGCCGGAGCUAAGAGGAUGGAGAAGCUUCUGCCAAGGUUGACGAUGAAUGCGAAUUUCCCAUCGAAGCUGUGCACUUCCAAGUGAACACAGUGCAGUAGAGGUUGCAGAAUUGAAUGGAAGAUACAUAUUCAACACAUGCAUGUACAAGAACUCAUGUACAUCCUCUGGGAAAUGGACAGAAUUACAGCUAUGCCCUUCCCUGUGAAAUGCUCUCUGUAUUUUGGACAAUGGAUUGUAUUAUGUUCUGUUAGUUCAAAAGCAUGGUUUUUCUGCUGAAGGAGAUGAAAAUAUUCGUGUCUAUGUGUAUUUUGGUCUUUAUCAUUUUUGCUGGUACAUGAAUUAAGAGGGAUGAAAUGGAAAGGAGUCUGAGAAAAUCUUGUCAUAGUAACUGAUAUGGGUGCAUUGGCCCCUCUUGAAAAAGCAGUCAAAUGUACCGAUCUCUAGGAAUGCAAGGGGUCUGGUCUGUUU